CUGCACUCUUUCAUGUUCAUACAUGCAAAGACAAAAACUGCAAACUUUUACCUGAUAACACAGAACACAUUUUUAAAAACAUAUCAACUCAUUACUUUGACAAAUCCUUUGAAACAUUUCCAGUACCUUCAAAAGACAACAUAACUCCUAAAACUACAUAUUUACUUCAGACUAUACAAUCUUUCAACCAAACCAACAAUACAUAG